GUGGGUGCGGUCACGUGAGGCGGGCGGGCAUGGCGGCGGCACGGCGGCUGUUCCCGCGCUGGGCGGGAUCGCUGCGGCCCGUGAGCUCCGCUGCGGCGGCGACCGGGGCGUACCCGAAGCGAGUGAAGGUGGUGGAGGUGGGACCCCGAGACGGGCUCCAGAACGAGAAGAAUGUCGUGCCCACCCCAGUGAAGAUCAAUUUAAUCAACAUGCUGUCAGAGACAGGGCUUCAGGUCAUAGAGGCCACCAGCUUCGUGUCCCCCAAGUGGGUUCCUCAGAUGGCUGAUCACACCGAGGUCAUGCAGGGGAUUAAUAAAUUACCUGGGAUCAGUUACCCUGUGCUGACUCCAAACCUGAAGGGAUUCCAGGCAGCGGUGGCAGCUGGGGCCAAAGAGGUGUCGAUCUUUGGGGCAGCAUCUGAGCUGUUCACCAAGAAAAACAUCAACUGCUCCAUCGAGGAGAGCCUGGAGAGGUUUGACGAGGUCAUGAAGGCAGCAAGGGAAGCCAGCAUUCCUGUCAGGGGAUACGUUUCCUGUGUCCUUGGAUGUCCCUAUGAAGGCAAGAUUUCUGCAGCUAAAGUUGCAGAGGUCUCCAAGAAGAUGUACUCCAUGGGGUGCUACGAGAUCUCCCUGGGGGACACCAUCGGCGUGGGCACCCCGGGCAGCAUGAAGGAGAUGCUGACAGUGGUGAUGAAGGAGGUGCCCGUGGGGGCUCUGGCUGUCCACUGCCACGACACCUACGGCCAGGCUCUGGCCAACAUCCUGGUGGCUCUCCAGAUGGGGGUGAGCGUGGUGGACGCUUCCGUGGCUGGACUUGGGGGGUGUCCCUAUGCCCAGGGAGCCUCUGGGAACGUGGCCACAGAGGACUUGGUGUACAUGCUCAACGGGCUGGGCAUCCACACGGGAGUGGAUCUCCAGAAGCUGAUGGACACAGGCACCUUCAUCUGCAAUGCCCUGAACAGAAAAACCAAUUCCAAGGUGUCUCAGGCCUCCUGCAGACUGUGACACUGAGUGGAAUUUCUCCUUGGAUCAAGAAGAAACCGAGGCUCCAGCAGUGUCUAGGAUUCCUCUCUAAUCUCCUGAGCUCAGCAUUUGAGAGGCAGCUCAAAAUCCACCAGAAUUAGGAAGAAAUGAGAGAAUUUUCUAUUCCACUGUAUUAUAUUGGACCUCGAGGAUGUCCCCAUGUGCCUUAGAGAAGGGAGGAUGUGGAGGGGCUGAGGAAAGCUCUGAGCAGACCAGCCCCAAAGCCUGCAGAGCCAAGGACAGCCCACGGCUUCUGCAGUUCGAGCUCUGCUCCAGGUCAGGCUCUGCCCUUCCUCGCUCCCAGCACAGCCAGCAAAGGCUGAGCCCAAAGGAACUGUGGUACUGCACUGUGUAUCUGUUGUAAGAUACCUCCAGGAGUAAUAAACACAUUGUUUAAUAGUCUCAACUAUUAAAAAUUUGAUUCAGCUGAACCAGCGAAGGAGCUUUUGCUGCUGGUGUGGUUCCAAGUGCCUCUUCUGCAUGGAAACUGCAUCAUCAUGGGCUGGGGGGAUGAGGAAUUCCUUCCACCCCCAGAGAGCAGAGAGUGUGAAACCCUCCUGCUCCUCAUGGUGAUCAGGUCCUUAGGAACCACUCCCAGCUCUUCUAUUUACAAUAAUUUAUUCAACUCUUUAUUUGUGAGACUGGAGAUGAGCGUAGGAACUUUGUCCUUUCAGGAGGCCGGGUGGUUUCAAGGCUGCACGUGCCUCCUUUCCACAUGACUUCAAUAAACUCUAUCUGCUAAUAAAUGCCACAGAAAU